AUGAAGCCGCAGGGUGGCAUCACCACCACGCGGCCAUCUACGCGGGCUGCACAAAAGCAGCAGCAGCAGCAGCAGGCGCCGGUCAAGGCAGAGCCGGCGACGCCGCCGCCAGCAGCGGGGCCGCCGGGGGCCCCGGCGGCGCAGCCGACGCAGCAGGUGCAGCAGCCGCCGCCGCCGCCGCGGCCGCUGCAGGUGCAGCUACCCCCCGGCGCCGCACACCCCCGGCCCGCGCCGCCCGCCGCGCCGCAGCAGCCUGGCAAGGUCACAGGGCUGCUCCCCGGCAGCGCGGCGGCAGUGGGCGCGCCCAAGGCGGCGCCUCCCAACGGCGCCGCCAACGGCACCCACGGCGCCGCCCCCGCAGCAGCAGCAGGCGUGGCGCCGGCGGGCGUGCGGCCCAUGCCCGGCGCCAGGCCGGGCAUGCCGCCAGGCAUGCGGCCUGCGCUGCCGGUGAUCUUCCCGCAGCCCGGCAGCGCAGCCAUGUUCAUGCGACCGGGGGCAAUGAUGCAAGUGCGCACUGGCAUGCGGCCGCCCAUGCUGAUGCCGCUGCCGGGGGCGGCCGCGGGCGGCACGGGCGGGCCCAUGCCGCCCCACGCGGCAGCCAGCCUGCCCGCCGGCGCCAUGCCGCGCCCGCCGCCGCCGAUCCCGAUGCCGAUGCCGGCGGCGGCGCCGCCCCCGGCCGCGGGCGUGCCCGCGCCCGCGGGCAUGCCGGUCCCCACCCAGCCAGGCACGGCACCGGCAGCGGCGGCAGCGGCGGGACCCGCGGCCAACGCAGCACCGCCGGCGGCGGCGGCGACGCCGCCGCCGGCCGGCGCGGCGGCGCAGCCGCCAGCGGCAGCCGGCGGCGGCGGCGUGGAUGCCGAGGGCAGGGCGCGUGCGGCCGCUGCCGGCGGCGUCAGCCAGGACGACAUCCAAAUGGUGCAGAACCUGAUUGAGCGCUGCCUGCAGCUCUACAUGACUCAGAAUGAGGUGGUGUCUAUUCUGCAGCAGCAGGCCAAGAUCGAGCCGGGCUUCACCCAGCUGGUGUGGGCCAAGCUGGAGGAGCAAAACCCCGAGUUCUUCAGGUGUUACUACACGCGGUUGAAGCUGAAGAGCCAGAUCAUCAUGUUCAACCACCUGCUGGAGCAGCAGGUGGCGAUGAAGGUGCAGCGCGGCUGGGACGGCGCGGGCGGCGGCGACCAGCAGUUCGCCUCGGUGCCCCAGUUUGUGAGCACCACCGCCAGCGGCAUUCCGCUGUUCCAAACCAGCGGCGGCAGCGGCGGCGCGGCCGCGGGCAAGGGCGGCGGCGCGGCCGGCGCGGCGCGUGCCGGCGCCGGCGGCGCCGCGCAGCAGCAGCAGCAGCAGCAGCAGCAGCAGCAGCGGCAGCUGGACGCGGGGCGGCCGCCGGAGGGCGGCGGGCACUCGGGGGCGCACGGCGGCGGCGCCGCCAGCAGCAGCCAUGGAGACCUCGGCUUCCCUGCUGAACUGGCUGACCACCACCACCACCACCACGGCGGCGCCCAAGCCUCGCCCCUGCUGCGAGUCGGCUCGGAGCACGACCUGCACAAGGCGCUGCUGCAUGACCACGACAUGUCUCCCAUACACGGAGGCGCUGAGCUGGCCAUGCUGCCCCGCAACUUCAGCCUGUCGGACCUGGCUCUGGAGCAUCUGCACGGAGAGGGCCCCACCGACAUGCAGCACGACUUCAACCUUGGAGCGGCGGCCGCGGCAGCCGCGGCGGCGCCCAGCACCAGCGGCACGUGA